GUGGCCCCGCCCACACCUGUCAGAGGGCCACUAACCUGAGUUUCAGGAUCCAGAAACGGCUGGACCGGCAGAGAGGAAGGAGCAGGACGAUGGCAGAGUCAGUGGAGCUGUUCACAGAGCAGGAGCUCACCUGCUCCAUCUGCCUCGACCUGUUCACAGAUCCCGUCUCAACUCCCUGUGGACACAACUUCUGCCAGGCGUGUAUCGGCGGUUACUGGGCGUCCAGCGUGGUCUCCACCUGUCCUCUGUGCAAACACCAGUUUGAAGGGCGUCCUCAGCUCAGCAUCAACAAAGUCUUCGCUCAGAUCGCAGAAAAGUACAAACAGACUCAUUACGCAGCGUUACCGACGCCCCUCGGGAACGGGACGCCCGGCGCCAUGACGGCGAUGGAGGGCGCCAGAAGCACCAACCCCUUCCUGUCGCCGGCGACGUCGGUGGCUCCGGCGAGCGGGGACGUGGUGUGGUGCGACGUUUGCACGGGACUCAAACAGCCCGCCGUCAGCUCCUGUCUCACCUGCACCGCCUCGUACUGCAGCGAGCACGUGCAGCCACAUCGCACCACGCCGUUCUACGCCAAACACCCGCUGAUGGACCCGCAGGAGGCCCUGAGGGGCCGCACGUGCGCCCUGCACCGCCGCCUGAUGGAGGUGUACUGCAGGACGUGUGAGAGCUGCAUCUGUGCCAUCUGCGUGCUCGACCAACAUCGGAUGCAUAAAACGGUCUCGGUGCAAACGGAGCGACUCAGCAAACAGAAACAGGUUUCCAGGACGGAGCAGGAGAUCCUGAACCGGAUCAAAGAGAAGGAGAUCCGUGUGACAGAGCUGAAGAAGAAACUAGAGAGCCUCCAGAGCUACGCCAACAGAGAGCGAGGGGAGGUCGAACACGUGCUGGACGAAGUGUCCGGCUCGUUGGACCAGAUCAGGUCUCAGGUGGUGGGCGGGAUCGAGAGCCAGCUAGAUGCUGUGAUGUCAAAGGGGGAGGGGAUGGUGAACCGCCUGGAGGAGGAGCUUAGACAGCUGAUGGAAAGGAGGGUCACACUAGAGGCGCAGGCCACCAGCCAGGAUCACAUCGCCUUCCUGAAGAGUUACGAGGUGGCCACGGCACCUCUGGCCGAGGAUCGGCAGGAAGAAGUGGAUGAUAACUCGGAGCUGUCGCUCCACUUCCAGCUGGGGGAGGUGAAGAUGCGGCUGUCCGAGGUGAGGGAGAAGAUGGACGAGAUCCGGACGGGGGAGAUCCGCUCACAAGGAUCCCGAGGCUCCAGAGGGGGCUCCUUUUCGUCCAAUGACAUGAUGGCAGCAGAGAGCAUGCUCAGUCUGAGAGCAAGCACAACCAGUCUGAGGAAGAGCCAGUGGUCUCUGAGAGAUCCAAAGAAGAUCAAACAGGUGACAGGACUCAAGAAGGCGCGGCCGUACACAGAGGACGUGACGCUGAACCCGGUGACGGCGUAUCCCUUCCUGAUCCUGUCUGAGGACCGGAAGCAGGUGAAGAGAGGAGAGAAGCUGCAGUUCUACAGAAACAGCCCGCACAGGUUUGACGUCUGGUCCUGCGUCCUCGCCAAGGAGGGAUUCAGCUCCGGACGCCAUUACUGGGAGGUGUGCGUGGGGGAGAAUAAGGACUGGAAGCUGGGCGUGGUCAGCGAGUCCGCUCAGAGGAAAGGGCUGUUCGACAUGUGCCCGGCUAACGGCUACUACGCCAUCUGGUGGAGCAGCAGCCAGCUGAGGGCGCUCACCGCACCGCCGCUCACCAAGGUCAAAGGUCACCACCCAAAGCUGCGACAGGUGGGCGUGUUUGUGGACGUGGAGGAGGGUCAGGUGUCUUUUUACAAUGUCAAGUCAGGCUCAGAGAUCUACAGCUUCCACGCGCCCUCCGAGUUCACCGAGAGGAUGUUUCCUCUGCUGGGAACUGGAGACAAAGAGGUCCCCCUGAUCCUCCUCACCACACAGCAGCACAUGGGCUGAGGGGCCAAGGGCGGGCGCCACGGGGCCAUCGCUGAGCAAAGGAAGAGCAGGGCUGGAGAUGAGGAACUGCUGGAGGCUGAUGCUGAGAUCAAAGAGCCGCCUGUUCCCGACUCCAUCAUCUCCACAUGAAUCUCCACCCUCUGCUUCCACCUGCUGCAGCUGAUGAUGACCCUCAGUGUGGAUUCGUCCUUUAAGACGCUGAAAACGAUGAAGAUUCAGGUUUUUGUUUUGUCCAUAAACGUCCCAAAAACCUCUCAGAUGAUGAGAAACAGCUUUUUUUGUAAUAUUUGUCACUGAAAUCAAACGACUGACGUGUGAAACAAAGCUUCCUGUUAGAUACCUGUAAAUAUGCUCAGAAUUACAAAAAUACUGGGGAAAGGCUUUUUUUUAAAGAUUAAAAUGAUUAAAAACAAAAGUUUUCAUUAACAAAGACUCAAUAAAACUGCCUUUUUAAAUGGAAAUUAAUUAUAGCUUAGAUCAGAUUAUGGGGUUUGAUCUGUGAAAUUAUAACAAAGAUGAUUCAAAUAUUACGACAGUGAAUCAGGACAUCAAACGUUUGAUGUCAGAAAUAUGAGCACAUAUUAAAAUACUGUCUCAUAGUUUUGAUUUUCUUCAACAGAAUUCAUUUUAAUUCCUAAAAUCUGUGUUUAUACAUUUAAAAUAAUAAUUUUUCGUAUUUUUUUCUAAGUAAACGUCUGACCUCAAACUGUGGGCUGCUUGUUAAAGAAUAUUUUUGUCAUUCAGGUGUUUUUAAAUGUAAACU